AUGUCUGCAACUCAGCUACUCAACCCCAAGGCGGAGUCGAGGCGGAGAGGAGAAGCCUUGAAGGUCAACAUCGGCGCCGGUGAAGGUCUCCAAGAUGUCCUCAAGUCCAACCUGGGCCCCUCGGGAACCCUUAAGAUGCUGGUCGACGGUGCAGGCGCAAUCAAAUUGACCAAGGAUGGAAACGUUUUGUUGCGUGAGAUGCAAAUCCAAAACCCCACAGCUGUUAUGAUUGCUCGUGCUGCGACGGCACAAGACGACAUUACUGGUGACGGUACCACAUCUGUUGUGUUGUUGGUGGGAGAGCUGCUGAAGCAGGCGGAGCGUCACAUCUCGGAGGGUCUGCACCCCCGUGUCAUCACUGAUGGCUACGAGAUCGCAAAGACCGAGGCUCUGAAGUUCCUCGACAACUUCAAGCUUGAGCGUACCAUCGACCGUGAGCUCCUGCUCUCCGUUGCCCGUACCUCCCUCUCCACGAAGCUCAACGGCGCCCUCGCUGAGAAGCUCACCCCCGAUAUCGUCGAUGCCGUCCUCGCUAUUCACAGAGCCCCUGAGAAGCCCGAUUUGCACAUGGUUGAGAUUAUGACGAUGCAACAUCGCUCGUCAUCCGAUACCCAACUUAUCCGCGGUCUUGCAUUGGACCACGGUGCCAGACACCCCGACAUGCCCAAGCGGGUGGAGAACGCUUUCAUUCUGACACUCAACGUCAGUCUUGAGUACGAGAAGUCGGAGAUCAACUCUGGAUUCUACUACUCUAACGCGGAACAGCGAGACAAGCUUGUUGAGAGCGAGCGCAAGUUCGUCGAUGCGAAGCUCCAGAAGAUUGUGGACCUUAAGAAGGAAGUUUGCGGCAACGACCCCAACAAGGGCUUUGUCAUCAUCAACCAGAAGGGUAUCGAUCCUCUUAGCUUGGACGUUCUUGUUAAGAACGGUAUCUUCGCUCUGCGCCGAGCCAAGCGCAGAAACAUGGAGCGUCUGCAGCUUGUUUGUGGCGGUGUUGCUCAGAACAGUGUCGAGGAUCUUUCUCCCGACGUUCUCGGCUGGGCUGGUCUGGUCUACGAGCACCAGCUUGGUGAGGAGAAGUUCACUUUCGUUGAGGAGGUUAAGGACCCCAAGUCCGUGACUAUUCUUAUCAAGGGUCCCAACGGACACACCAUCACCCAGGUCAAGGAUGCUGUCCGUGAUGGUCUGCGCUCUGUUUACAACACAAUCGUCGACGGCUGUGUCAUUCCCGGAGCCGGUGCGUUCCAAGUUGCAUGCGCCGCACACCUCCAGUCCCAAGCUUUCACCAAGACCGUGAAGGGUAAGGCCAAGUGGGGUGUCAAUGCCUUCGCCGAUGCGCUCCUGAUCAUUCCCAAGACUCUCGCUGCCAACUCAGGCCACGAUAUCCAGGACUCCCUGGCCGCUCUCCAUGAUGAGGUGACCGAUGGUAACACUGUCGGUUUGGAUUUGGCCACUGGUGAGCCCAUGGACCCCAUUCAAGGAGGUGUCUUUGACUCUUUCCGUGUUCUUCGCAACUGCAUCGCUUCUAGCACAGGUAUUGCGUCCAACCUUCUCUUGUGUGACGAGCUCCUCAAGGCUCGGCAGAUGAGCAAGGCGGGCGGUCCCGGUGGUCAGGAAGAGUAA